GUUGCAAAGCAACGAAGAAGUAAAACUGAGCCAAGAUGGCGGCUCUGUGGAAGGUGACGCCAAGCGUCCGGUGUGCACAUCGAUUGGUCCCUUCCAACCUGCUCAGGAGCUCCUUCUGCUCCGGCACCUCCGACAGCCAACAGGCCGACAAGGAUAAGCCCAAGUCGGGCUUCGCGGCCGCCUUCAGCUCGCAGUCGGAGCUCUGGCGAGAGGCCGAGACCGGAAGUUCGUCGGCCGACCACGACGACAGCUUCGCAGCGCUGCUCCGCCGGAGCCCCUUGAUCCAGAUGGGUCCAGCCAAAGACAAGCUGGUGGUCGGGAGGAUCUUCCACGUCGUCCAAGACGACCUCUACAUCGACUUUGGCGCCAAGUUCCACUGCGUUUGUCGGCGACCCGCGAAGGGAGAGAAGCUACAGCGGGGAAGCAGAGUCCGCCUCAGGCUGCAAGACUUGGAGCUCACCACCCGCUUCUUGGGGGGCACCACCGACACCACCCUGCUGGAGGCACAGGCCAUCCUGCUCGGUCCAGUGGACGGACGAGACACGCAGUAAAAUGAACCCUUUUCUUAACGGACUGUGCACUCUGACGUCAUGUUGAAGUCAAAGUGUAGGACGUGUUUAAUAGGAUGUCGGGACAUUGGAAACAAAACUGUCCUUAAAUUGUUGUUUUAUAAGAUAUUAGCUAACCAAGUGAGUUUGAUUGACAGCCGUUCUUUGCCGGAAUUUGUCCACACAGGAUCAUUAAAGUCAGCUGACUAGUGCUCUGUGAAAUGGAAAUGAUGAUUUAUUAUACUGUACAACAUGCUCCAGUCCUCUAUCGCGUCCUGGUGUGUGUGUAGCGGAUGCCGGCCUGUGAGGCUCCGUAAGUGUACGUUAGUAAAACCUCACUCCCUCUG